UGAAACUUUCCGGCGUCGUUUGUGUUUACGUUUGCGCGCGGUUUCGGUGGCGCUGUGUGGACUGUGUGUUUCGCUCGCAUCAGAUUUCUGGCGAGUUGUGGUUUGCCACUCGCUUGCGUGUGCUACAUUUGUAUGUACUACCUCCGGUAGUUUUAUGCACGGAAAGAAUGCCGAAGCGUCCAUGCUCCGUUCUGGGUUGUGACGCCGUUGAGCAGGAACCGGGGCUGACUCGCCACCGGCUGCCACGAGAUGAAGCGCUGCGCCGUGCUUGGCUCCAUUGCAUUGGACUCGAGGCCACCAAAUGUGACAAGCGCAUGGUGCUUGUCUGCAGUCGACACUUCGCACCCGAGGAUUAUGCCCUUGACCCGCGGCGGUUACACCAGAUGGGAAGUGCGCUGAAAUCAUCGUUAAAUCCGGCAGCGAUACCUACGCUCUUCGUUCCUAACAAGCCGUUGCGACCCAAACCCCAGCCUAAACCGCAGCCCCAGCCGACUGAAGCGCCACAAACGCCCGAGACGUGCACGCGCCUCCAAGUUCCGUUGAUGUGCGCAGUCAGUACGCAGACGAUGCAGGAGGAGCACAGGCCUCCCGAGACAUCCGUAGCGUGCACUCAAACACUCAAGUGCACUCAAGUCCACCGCAAUGCCAGUACCCAGACGAUGCAGGACGAAUGCAGCCUUGCUUGGACAGCCGUAGCAGGCACUGAAACAGCUAUAGCCCGACGGACAGUCGAUACCCAGACGUACUGCUUGAAGGAUCCAAAAAAGAAAGUUGGAGGUGGCACCCGUGUAUCGAAGACGCUGAGUGUUAAGCAGCGAACAGUUGGCGCAGCGGCAUCAGGCUCGGCCAGAGGCUACUCCUCCGACAGUAGCUGUGCUUGGCAUGGUGCACCCGGCAUUGAAUGCACGCCAGCUGGGGCAGCACUACUGACACCCAAUGAGCCAGUGCUGAGCAGGGAUACAGAUGAUGGCGACAUGAGCUGUGAUGACCCCUGGGAGCGGGAUCCAUGGCAAAGCCAAGAGGAAGCACCUGUGCCAAGUCAGAGCAGCACAGCAGUCGUCAAGUGUGAAGUGGAAGGAACUGAUGUAGCCACUUCACUGGCUCCUGUGUCAACAGAAGUCUCAUAUUGCUGUGAAAAGGCAGCGCCAUCAAUCUGGUCAUCGCGCUCGCAGAAAGACACAUUGAGGCACAAGACGAAUGUUAGGCUCAGUGCCAUUCUAAAGGAAGGCAAGUGCAGAAAAAUGGAACACCUGCUUCGCAUGAAGCUCAUACGUCAGGAACAUAGGUACAGAAUGGAGGAAAGAAACGCAGUACAUAUGUUACAAAUGGAGACCCUGAAGGCAAAGAGCGCUUUCCUUGAACUUAAAUUGAAGGCUUUAAAGAAACAAUAUCAGGAUAGCUGAGGGGCUUGAUCAUUGGCAAAAUUAAGAAAAAAUAAAAGUUCAGCCCUCUGGUUUGCCCGAGCCUUCUUGGUCAUUGCAUAGUGAGAUUCUCAACUCCUGUAGCUUUUAGGUAGCUUAUGAAGGUUUAUUGGCCAGUUGCUUGCUCCUAAGAUCACACACUACGAAAUGCCCGCAGUUGAAAGGAUGUUCCACGUCUGCUGCCAUGGUCGUGAGUGGCUUGGUCAAGAAUGGCUUUGCUAUUUUAUGGAAGUAUAGAGCGGAAAUCAAGGGACAGCCAUAGCUCAAUCGGUAGAGCGUCACAUGUGCAUACAGAGCUUGUGGGUCCAGUUCCCACUGGCACUGGCAUCAACUUUGUUUUCUUGCACUCUGAUUUGUCUUUUCCUUUAUCAACCCAGGAAACCCUGCAAGUUGAAAUACUCAAGCAAAAAUUGCACUAACUUGUUUAUUGAUAUUUUUGAUGCACAGGAAGAGGUUUAAUAAUAAAAUAAUUUACCCACCGUGGUGGCGUGGAGACUAUGGCAUAAGCCCGAGGGCAUAGGAUUGAAUUCCAGCAGCCGCAUUUCGAUGAGAGUGAAAUGCAAAAUACGGCCAUGUAUCGUGCACUGGGUGCACGUUAAAGAGCCCCAGGUGGUCAAAAUUAAUUCGGAGUCCCUCACUACGGCGUGCCUCAUAAUCAAAUUGUGGUUUUGGCACGUAUUACUCCAGAAUCAAAAACAAAUUGGGAAAAAAUGCACGAUUGCUAAGCAAUACAGACCAUCUCGGAUUUUACACACUGCACCUUCAUUGAAGAGGGUGCAUGCAAAGUGCCAGCAAGAAUCUCCCCUGCACUGCGAUCUAUGUAGGAAGGCAAUUUUUUAAGCACUCAUUGACCCCCCAUUUGACACAAAUGACCCAAGCCGAGCCUGUUGUUCCUCGGGACACAUUUCUCACACUGCAGCCCCUUGUGUGCUAUUAGAGGAAAGUGGUGAAACCAUCUUUCCUCACUGCCACUUCAAGCUGUUUUGGCGAGAUUUCAUUUGCUAACUUGUUCUGAUAGAAUUAACAAAUGUCGUCCUGUUUUGGUUUUUCCAGAUAGCAUCUAGCUUUCUGACAGAUCCAGUAAAAAUUCUCAGUUGUUUUAUUCUGCAGCCAAGCACACUGGCACCAGUAGAUGUUCCAUGUAUUCAUUUUGCACGUGAAUUUACUGUGGCGUAGUAUGUGCAUGUAACUGCAAAAACUUCUGGGCUGCAGGGUGUGAGCAAACAUUGAAAUUCCAAGCAAUUUGUGAUCAUAGGCAGUAAAACCAUACAUUAUGUUGUUUGCAUAUGCUAGUACAGGCUUAAAAUCCUAAUACCUGGCUGCAUUACGAGGCUGCGGCAAUGUGCAGCUUUCUCUCACAUAGUGCGGCCCGUAAACUUGUGUGGUAGACUGUACAUAUACCAAUUCCGUGAUCUUAUGUUGUACUUCCACAGAGAUGCCUAGUAGUUGUUUUGGUCAAUACCACCCAUGAAACUCUUGUGGACUGCCACAAUCAGAGUGUCGAAACCAAAGUUUCUUUGGGUUCGGUUCAGUUCUAGAUAAAAAAUUAAGUUUCUAAGCCUGUUUGGAACUUUCAGAUUAGUUUAGAUUAGUUCAAACAUGUUUGAAGAAACAAAAACCUUUGCAUGCAACUGUUUUCUGGGAAUGUCUGUGGUGCUCUUGAAGAAACAUGCAAGUUUGCUUGUAUAAUUUUCUAGAACUACUGAGAACAAUUUUUCUUGCACGGGCAUUAACUUGAAAAAAGAAAUUGAAAAAUCAGAUGCCAUGCACUUGUGUGUAGUGGGAUGUGUGGGGUGAAGUUAGUGCAAUGUGAUGGAACCAAAGAAGAUAUACCGAGACGAUAAAAGCCUCAAGAAGGUGCGACAAAGCCACCAAAAACGACUACAAAGAACCGCCUAGAGUGGCAGGUGCCCUCGGUUCAACAAAAUAUAAAAUAAAGUGUAGCCAAUGAGGCACUUCCACAAAGGCAUAGUGAAAAAAAAAAGAGGUGGAGAAAAAUCAGAAUACGGCGGUGGGACUUGUAUUGGGGAGGAAAAGUAGGGUCUUGGAGUACCUUGAAACGUCAGCAUCCGCCGGGAGCUAGGGAUAGCUGUUAGGCUUUGGACCCGAGCUUCAGCACCCCAACUGGAACCUAGAGACCUCAUCUUCGUGGCUUCCAAGGGUUCGCUUCAAGACUUACCAGUGUUUACUUCAGUAGCAACCGGGAAUGUUCAUCGCUUCCUGCUAUACAGUCAUCAUGCCAGAGCCAUGUGACGAGACGUUUGGCCAGCCAUUCCCGCCAUUCAUUCCUCGUUGCCUCGGCGUCCAAAGCAGCGUAUUACAUGGACUGCAGCAGUGGUAUUUAGGCUAUAUUUUUUUUUCUACUUAGGCUGUUACGUGCACUUGAUCGUUUUGUUUAUGUCAAAUGUGCUGCAUUGCUUUAUUAAUUUUUGCGUGUCUAUUUUGCUCUGCCUUUUUGUUUCUGAAUACAA